CAUGCUCAUUGCUACAUGCGCUUGCUUAAACUUGAUGUAGAAUGCCGCCACAUGUUCUCAAUCUUUGUUUCGUUUAAUUUGAACUGGAUAGAGAUAAGCAUGGGUGAUAUCGACAGCCUACGGAAUACUCUUGUGAACAUACUAUUGGAUCCAACUGUGGAGGCCAAACAGCUACCACUUUCACUUUUUGAGAAUAUCACUGAUAAUUUCUCAGAUGAACGUGUUGUGGGAAGAGGAGGGUUUGGUACCGUUUACAAGGGGUUUCUUCCAAAUGACAGAGUGGUCGCUGUUAAGAGGCUUAAGAUUAAUCGACGGGUUGUUGAUGAUAAGUCAUUUUAUGCUGAGGUUGCUAGUAUGAAGAUGCUGAGAAACAAGAACGUUGUACGGCUGCUAGGCUACUGCAUUCACAUGGAGGAAAAAGAAAUCUUAUAUGAUGGGGAAAAAAUUGUUGCAGAAAAGCGAGAAAGGCUGCUCUGCAUGGAGUUUGUACCCCACGGGCCCGUAAAAAAGGGUGGUCCACCCGGUGGAGCAGAAUGGCCUGACCGCCAUCAGAUAAUAAAGGGGAUCUGUAAUGGUUUAGAUUACAUUCACAGCAAAGGGUUUAUUCAUUUGGACUUGAAACCCGACAAUAUACUGUUGGACAAGGGCAUGGUACCGAAGAUCGCAGAUUUUGGUAUCUCACGGUUCUUUGAUGAUGAAAACACGUCCAGUACCCUCAGCUUUGUUGGAACAAGGGGAUACACGGCCCCAGAGUACAUCGACGAUGGCCUUGUGUCAAACAAGGCUGACAUAUACAGUCUUGGGACUGUAAUAUUUGAACUUCUGACAGAUUUUAAAGGCCCUAAGCUUUACCAAAAGGCACAAGAGGACAAUGAAAGUUUCGUACAACAGGAAUUAGAAAAGUGGACUGAGGCAUUGAGAAGAACUCACCAAGGGUGUGCACUUGAGUUUGCUACCAAAGAGGUGGAAACAUGCCUUAGGAUUGCAUUGAACUGUAAGGACCACAAUCGGCAUCGCAGGCGUACGGCAAAGCAAAUAUCACAAAUUCUUGAUCUGACCUUGGACCCAUAUAUUCUGGACCCAGAUAAACCUGAGGAAGCUGUGCAUGUAGAGAACUUCAGUUCACUGCAAGACAUGGAUUUGCAUCCAAGUCAACCUUGGAUUCUGUUAAGUCUCUUGUCCGGGUACAUUGUAAUGUUAAACUACGACACCAAGGUAACUCUGGCACCGUUUAAACUGAGCGACAAGCCAGUUCAUUCAGCUAAAUUUGUGGAAGGGAACCGCGAUUGGAAUAUUGUGGCCGGUGACGAUCAUGGGGUCCUGUAUGUGUGCAACUUCGAUUGGAUUGAAGAGGGGCUCGUGAAGGUUAAAACUGUCGUUGCUAGUGAGGGUAAGGGUAUCAUAUCUCUGGCAGUCAAUCCAUCCCAGCGUUAUGUGUUACUAUCUACUGGAUCCACCAUUAUGAUCCGGAACACAGAGGACUGGACGUGUAUGUAUGAAGGGCCAAGCUACUUCAGAACAGUGACUCAUGCCUCUUUUAACACUGACAAGGAUGAAUCAUUUGGUGUUGGUUUCUGUGAUGGAUCAGUAAAGCUGUGGAGUCAUGAUCCUCUGACAGCUUCAGCAGGCAAUCAGGAGCCUUACGUUGUGGUGCGUGGUCAUUCAGAGCAAGUAUGCUCAGUCGAUUACUUCAUCGGCAAUUCUGAAGGACUUCACUCUCCUGCAAGGUUUCUAGUUACUGGAUCUAUGGAUAAGACUGCCAAGGUGUGGAAGUACGAUGAUAAGCCCAAGGAUUAUCUUGGGGUUGCAUCUGUUACAGAACCAGAAGCCACGCUUAAACAUGCCGGCGGUGUAACUGCGACCUGCUAUGUCCCCGAGUUGAAAAUCAUAUUAAGUGGAACAGAUAACGGAGUUGUCACGGUGUGGUGCGCAGUAACAUACAGCUUCUUUUUUUCUUUGCCGGCUGCAGCUGCUUCCACUCAAAAACAAGGGAUAUUGUGUAGCACCUGAUCAGGAGAACAAGAAACACAAUGAUUAAAAGACUAAAUCAGCUCUAAAUCAUUACGUGUCUUCUGGAUUAACCAAGCAAUCCAAAAUUUGCAUGUAGCCGUCGAGCCCCCAGGCCACAGACAUAUAUGCUGGAAGAGGUACCUAUGCUUUGGUCUCGGGCGAGUUCACAGUCUAGCAUGUUCAACUGGAGGAAGGAUAUUCAUCGGACAUGAGCAUGGACUGGUACUGGUAGAUAUUGGUCUGCAACAGCUUUGAAAUUAAAUGGAGAGGCAUCAAGCCGCUGGUAUGGACAGCAGCAACAAACAAGAGAGAAUGCACUGAGAAGAUCUCAGAUGGAAGUAACAGAGUGCUGCUCCAACAUAAGCAAACUGAUAACUACUUAGAAACUCAUCGAGUGUUGGUGCUAAAUCAAGAGGUAGACACAAGUUUGUCUUUGAAUCCUGAUCAUCCCAGCGGCUAGCUUGGAUGAUACCUUAAGACCGUUAUAGAGGUAACAUCUGGAACUCUUGUGAUUCAACCAGGCCCUCGUCAUAUUUGAAAAAAACUUCCAAUUGAGCUGAAUGAUACAUCAUCUACAUGAUUUUUUGCUAUGGAUAUAGCCUGUUAUGGAAAUUUGAAUAAGUAAAAAUGCUCUCGUCAUGAAAAGAGAAAAAUGAUGUAUUUGCGCAAGAAGACCUAUCUCUGGUAGAAUAAGGAUUGGUGAUUUUCGUUUACUGACAAGGAUCAUAAACCCUUUGUUGUGAAAUUGACCUAGACAAUUCAUAGUUUUUGGUGACACUUGGUGGGAGACGAGCAUUUGUAUUUCUCAUUGUUCAAUGCAUUUUUUUCAUUUAAAAUGUAUUUUUGACUGGUAUUGUCCGAGCAUGUUUCUCUGACUUGUAAGUGUGUUUUGGCCAACUUGUAUGUUUCUUGGCAUAGAGAUGCUCAGAUAUUAGUAUUGUUUACUUCAUCGAAUGGCGACAUGAAGUUCCCAGAAAUUUGUAUUGAUGUGGUUAUGUGAUAUAUGUAUACGUAAGUGUACUUGCUAGAGAUAUUGUUUUUCUACCACAAAGUAGAAAGUUGAUCACCUAUUUAUCA